CUCACCACUCAUCGCCCGCUGCUCGCCAUUUGCCCCGCCCGUCGCUCCGCCCGCCGCCACGCCAAUCAGCACCCCUUAGCCGCUUUGGCUACAAAACAAAAGUUACUCCGCGUUCCAUCCCAUCAUUCUUCAUCAGGUAAUACUAUCACCUGCAACCUUCAGAUAGCUUUGCUUAGAGGCAACACUUACCUAACAAUGCUAGGCGCGCCUCCAUAUUUCCCGAGAGGUACAUAAGGUAUCAGUUCUUCUUGAAAUCCUGAUAAUAUUCGACCAGAUAGCCACAAGGACUUCCUCUGUUUUUCAUAUCGUCGGAGCCAACCCCAGUUGCAGCAACAACAAGGCUGGCAGGCAACUUUGCGGCUCAAAUGUGCGGAUGUUCGCGCCGCACCGAUAAAACACCCCACUGUGGGGCCCAGAUAUUGGAGCCCUUCUCGGCCCAGCUGAGCUCUUCAGACACGCAAAACAAUGUCGGCACCAACUCAGGAAGGGAUUCGUAUCGCCUGUACGCCUUGCCAUCGAAAAAAAAUAACUUGCAACAAGGUGUUACCAUGCGCCAGAUGCACUCGCCUAAAGUUGGCAUGUGAUGAACGGUAUUCAGGCAGAUACAAAGCCCGCUCAACCCCCCACACAAAGUCUCCUGAAGCCGCGCCGAGGACCGAAAUCUCCCUGCGUAGUGCUCAGUCGCAAAGCGCUACCCCGGCCGACGAUGAAGGAGCUACCUCAGUGUCCAACGAUCGAGCAGUAGAUUCGCCUACACCCUUGGAGCCGCGCCCGCAUAAACGAAGGCUGGUAGGACUGCGCGACUUGCUCAACGCCGACGAAACCCUCCCUACGUUCAACGCUGUACCCCCAUUAGUUCACGAACCAUGGGAUCCCAGGUUCUAUCGGUUCUGGUAUCCCUGGAGGAAGCUUGCUAGUUAUCUCGAAGUGUCGGCUCCCGAGGUGCUCGAAUUUACAUACAACGGAGGGUACUUGACAUCAAACUCCGCAUUUCAUGUCGGGUUGCAGCUUCAGAUUCGUUCCGAGCGAUACCCAGACGCAUCUAAGGUCUGGAUUGACCGGCCCAAACUCCUCAGCUCAAUAACGCAACAUCUAGAGGUCUUAGGAACUUGGAAUUGUGGUUUAGUUAGCGCCGAUUCCUCACCAAAAGGUGUCAUGGUAUCGUGUGUCGCAGUGCUUCCAGGGAACAACGGUGUGGUUCUGCCAGCAACUCUCGGAGAGAUAGUGAUAAGGUGGCAGCAACUAUCAAGUCUUCUUUUAUUCCGUGAGUGGGGGUCUUUCCAUAGCACAAGGCUAGGACCGGCGAUGACCACUUUAUGACCCCGCUUGCGCACUAUAAAUC